CUUUAAUUUCGCGGUAACUGACCGAACCAACUAUUGGCUUAUUUGCUGGAAUUAGUUGCUGUGCAAUAAUGGGGGCUGCAUCCAGCAAUGCCCGGACGGUUGUAAUACCGAACACAACCGGCGUGAUAGACAUCUCAGAUGAUGUGGUUAAGCGGAUGACGAACGGUUUACCGUCGAAGGCAAAUGAAAAUCGAGCGCAGCGAUCGAGUGCAUCCGACGAUGGACCAUCCAUCGGAACUGGCCCUAGCUCGUACCCGAAUACGGUUCCUCCUGCAACGGCAUUUUACGGUGAGGUGCCUUUUACGUCGAUGCAAGUCCGGCAGGAGAAGGAACGCGAGUUGCGCGAAAAUGAUACCUACUGGACUAACCGUCUGAAGGCACUAGAAGCGAACCUAAAGCAAACGAAUCAGCUGCUAGAAAAAGAAUACAAUGAAGCGGUUGUCGAUGUAAAGAAGCGUUUUGCUACGUCUGCGGUAAGGCAGCAGCUGCCACCAUGCCAAGAUUUAAAGGCAAAGGUGAUCGAAUGCUACCGGGCGAAUCAGCACGAGACGUUACGGUGCACGAACGAGGUGCAACUGUUUACUGACUGCGCGAACCUGCAUCGCAUCCAGCUUCUGCAGCAACGAGUAACGGCAGAAGAGUCCAACCAAAAACAGUAGUCGAAAAAGGUAAGGUUAAAAAGUAGUCGAACCACAAUAGCAGGCAACGGCAGCGGAUUGGUCUAGAAAGCAGUAUCAAAAUGAACGACCAGUGAUAAGUCAAACGACCGGCAGAGAUACAAAACAUUACCACAAGAGCGAUGCAACAACAGGAUGUUGUAACAUUACGGGCGAUUGAACACAGAACGAGGAAUAUGAACCCUAACUUGGCUAUUAUGCGCUCCACAGUCUCGGUUUCUAGUUUGUUUGCCUACUAAGAAUCGCUCUAUCGCGACCUAUGAUGGUAACGUGUAAAAAGCGGGUUAAUAAAAUUCGUGCAAUAAAUUCGAAAUGAAGUAAGGGCACACCCUUA